AUGUCUGAAAAAGAUAUAAUAUUUGAAGAUGUUGAAAAAGAAACUACUAAAGAAAUCAAAAAAGUUGCAAAAUCAUUACAACUAAGUGAUAAAGGUGAUAGACACUCAAUCUUGAAUAGAAUUAAAGAGAAAUUAUUAAAAACAAAAAAAAAAGAUAGAAUUUAUAAUACCUCCUCUUCUUCUUCUUCUUUUUCUUCAACAACAGAAACAAUACAACCAAAAUCACAACAAAAUAAAAAUCAAAUAGUAAUGGAAAAGGAGGAGAUAGUAUUUUGGAAAGUUUUUAGAAACAUUGUUUUAAAAAAAAAGAUAUUCGAAAGUAUUAAGUCAAACUAUAUUAGAUAUGAAAUAAAGAAAUAUGAUGAAAUAGUUAAAGUAGAAUGGAUGAUUAAUAAUGGUUAUAUUGGUUUGUUAAGAGAUAAAGUUAGAAUUGCAUUUAAACCAUUACAAUUCUCAUUUGGUAAUGAUUUUAGUCAUUUCAGUGCUGACAAUGGUUGUUUGGAUCCUAGAAAUCUUCUUUCAUCAUCACAGUAUGAAAAUCAAAGAAUUCUACAUGAUAACGAUGAAAUUAGAGGUAGAUUUUAUCUAGAAACUUUUAGAAAUCUAAUAAGAUACUCAAAUCAUUUAUUUAAUGUAAUUAAAGAACCAACUGAAGAAAACUAUAUAUUCUAUGAACAAUUAUUUUCAAACUAUCCAGAAUACUUUCAAACAUCAAUAGAUGAAACAUUUUUCAUAACUACAGAAUACGAUUGUAUGAUUGCAUUAAAAGUUUUAGUAGAAAAGUUUGACUACUCACCAAGUGGUAGAAUGUUUCAAAGAUGUAUUGAAAUUGGUUCUUUCAAUUGUUCAACUUAUUUAAAUCAAACAUUUGAAAUACCAUUAAAUAACAUAAAUCAAUUUUGGAAUGAAAUGUUCUAUAAUAGGUUUCGUCAAGCUUCAAUUUCAACACCAAAUGUAAUCAAUGAAAGAGUUGGUUACUUAAUUAAAAACACAGGGAAUAAUAAUAGUAGUAAUAUACCAAGUUUACCAAGUGAAUUUAGAUUAGGUCAUUUAUUUUUCUGUAUUUUAAAUGAAAUUAGUUUAAAAACUUUAUUAGAAUGUAUUGAAACUAUAUUACUAUUAUCAGAACAAUUAAAAGAGUUUAUUGAAUCAAUUUCAUUAAAUAAAUAUCAAUCACCAGAGAAAGGUGAUUCAAGUGAUUUAAAUAUUAUAGAAUACUUUUAUAAAGAAUUUAAAGGUAUUCCAAUGUUAACAAGAGAAGAAAUCAAUGAAAUGAAAUUUACAAAUGAUGAAUUAAAUAUAGAGGUCGGUCAAUUCAGUAGCGAUAAUCAAUCAAUUCAAAAACUAUACGAAAUGAUAUUACUAUUUACAUUGCCAUCAAAUUUACAAGAGAAUUUUCAAUUUUAUCAAUUUAAAUAUCAUUAUGGUAAAUCAAAUUUAACAACAACUUCAUCAAGUGAAACAUUAAAAUUUAAUUGCAUACAAUUCGGUGUAUAUGACGAGAAAUCAAUUGAUUGGAAAAUAUUUAUAGAAAGAACUCAAAAUGGUGAAAAUCUUGAAAUUUUCAAAUUUUGCAAGAAUGAUACAAAUAAAAUCAUCGAGUUUGUAAAAUCCACUGUAAAGAAUAGACAACUGGAUUCGUUUAUAUCAUACCUAAAGAAUGUUGUUAUGGAUAAAACUAAUAAGAAUAUUAGUAUUACUUUUAAAAUUUUAUUGAACAAUCAAGAAGUUUUUAAUGAAUUUAAUGAUUCUUCAAUAUCAGAAAUUCUUUCGGCAAUUUUAAAAUAUGAUGGAAAGAAAAGUAUUACUGAAAAAGAAUUUGAAUCAGUUUUUAAUAUCUUCAAAACACAUUUAACUAAUCAUCAAUUAGUUACUAAAAUGCUUGCAACUCCAGAUUUCAAUGUAAUUGAAUAUUAUAAAUUAAAUUAUUUUGAAAGUAUAUAUGGAUAUUUAGUCGAGGACAUUUUUAAUCGUUCAAAUUUCAAAAACAUGUCCAAAAUUCAUUUAAACCAUAUCUUUGUUAAUAGAAGAGACCAAUUUAAAUUGGCAUAUCAAAAUAGUGAUGAUUCACAACUUUGGUUCUUUUUCUUUUAUGUAGCAUUUUCUCAAUUCACUCAGUGUAAAAAUUCAUUUUCCUUUAGACGACGAAAUAUAAUAACUUUCCCAGAGAAUUUUCAAUUUACUUGCUUGCAAACCAAAACUAAAAUUAAAAUGAUACAUUGGUUUGUUGAAAAUUUAACAAAUGAAGAAUUAUUUUUAAUGGUCAAAAAAAUCUCAUUAUCUAAUCUUAUUUUAUUUCAAUUUAUUUCAUUAUUAUAUAAUAUUGAUAUAAACAAUUUUCAUAAAAAUAAUAAUAAUAAUAAUAAUAAUAAUAAUAAUAAUAAUAACAAUAAUAAUAAUAAUUUAAACUUGAAUAACGAAAGUGAAAAUGAAAAUGAAAGAAAUAUUAAAUUAAAAGAAUUUUUUAUAAGAUCAGAUAAAAAUAAAAUGAUAUAUAUUUUUGAAUAUGUUGGUAUUUUUGGAGAUUUAGAAGUAUUAUCAAUUAUAAUGGAAAGUUUAUUUCCAACUAUUGAAUCAUCAAUUAAUUAUAGAUAUUUAAUUUAUGAAACAUUAACUGAAGCAGUUUUAGAAGGUAGAAUUAAUAUUUUCAAAUUUUUAAAUGAAAACUAUUCUUUCAUUUUCCAAACAAGUAGAUUUUCAACAGUAAAUAAAAAUCCAUUAAAAAAGUUAACAACCUCUCAAUUAGAAUCUUUAUUAAUUUUAUCAAUUGGAAAAGGUGAUAUUCAUAUGACUCAGUAUUUAAUAUCAGAUUUAAAAUUAUCAUACUCUCCUAAAAAAAUUAGAUAUUCAAAAGAUAACACUUGGUUAAUUAAUUAUUAUAAAAUUGAUAAAGUUAUAAAUCCAUUAAAAUAUAAAUAA